AUGGCUGAAAAAAAUUCCAGAAGAUCAAGAUGUCAACCACCAUCAUCAUAUGGUGUAGUUUAUAAAUCACAACGAUCUCGUUCACUUAGUAAUGAUGGAAAACUUCAGCAUUCAUUAGAAAGUGUUUUUACAAGAGAGCACAAAUUAUCAGUGGCAAAUAAAAUUGAAUCCACGUCAACACAAGAAAAAGAAACUAAGGUUGCCGAAUUAAUUCAACAAUAUGAAAAUGUCAUCUCAACAGAUAAUAGCCAAUUAUAUGUCAAAAAGAAAUGUCCAUUAUCAACAUUUAACCGUUUUAUUAAUGCUCGUGCAUCUGCACGUGAAAUGUGGACAUCGCUACCUGAACAAAAAAAUAUAACUACUAAAAAUACUUCACAGUCUACUUCAACACAUAGUCAAUCUCUUCUAUCGACUAUAUCAACAAUUCAAAAAAACAAAGAUAAUACUCCGGAUUCGAUUUCACAGAAUGAAUAUUCUAAUGAUUUAAAAUACCCAACAAUACUCGACCAAAACCAAUCAAAUAAUCUCGUUGAUUCUCGUAAUGUAACAUUUGAAACAGCAUCAUCAGAUUCAAUGACAACAUCAAAACAAACUCAAAUUCAAAAUCCAGAAAUAUUUAUUAAAUCUCAAUUCAAUGAUAUACAUAAUAUUCUAAAUGUUGACUUUAGUAUUUCACCCAAAAUUGAUUCAAAUCAACAUGAUCCAUUCGAUGAAUCAUUUAUUGAUGAAGCCAAAGAGUUCGAUGUUAAACAAAAAGCAAGUUUAUUGAAAUGUCUUGAUGAAGUAUAUGUAACUGAAGAAAAAUAUGUCAAAAAACUUUAUGUACUUUCUGUUAAAGUUUCUGAUCACGUCAGACAAACAUGUCGGAACGAUGCAAAUCUUCUUAAUACAUUUAAUAGUGCUUAUAAAUCAUUACUUGAUACAAUAAAACGAUUAUAUAAAUUUCAUUAUGAACAUAUUUUACCAGAUAUGGUCGAAUAUAAAACAGGUCUUCGAACAGAUAAUAUAUGGUCAAUAUUUGUUGAACAUUUUCAAACUAUUGAAAAUUUAUAUAAAGAAUAUUAUAUUGUAUAUGAUGAAAAUCAACAAAAAUUAGAACGUUUAUGUACUACAUAUUCAUUAAUUCAUGAAGCAAUGCUUCAAUGUCAAGUUCAUCUAGGAAAUUUGUAUCCAAUUAAUGAACUUAAUUGUGCAAAUCAACAUUUGCUUCGGUGA